GGGGCGCCGCCGAGACCCGCCCCCGGACCCACGUGGUUCUAGCAGCUCGCUGCUUCCUGCUCCGCGGGCGGCCCAGCUAUGGGCGAACCUUCGGCGGACGUGUGCGCCUUCCUCCUGGAGCACCCGAGCCUGCGGCUGGAGCCUGGCGCAUGCAGGGUGAGGUGCGCGCUGACGGGCCACGAGCUGCCCUGCCGCCUGCCCGAGCUCCAGGUCUAUACCCGCGGCAAGAAAUACCGGCGGCUUGUCCGCUCCUCCCCGGCCUUCGACUACGCCGAGUUCGAGCCGCACAUCGUGCCCAGCACCAAGAACCCGCACCAGCUGUUCUGCAAACUCACCCUGCGGCACAUCAACAAGGCCCCAGAGCACGUGCUGAGGCAUACCCAGGGCCGGCGGUACCAGAGGGCACUGCAGAAAUAUGAAGAGUGUCAGAGGCAGGGGGUGGAGUAUGUUCCCGCCUGCCUCCCGCACAAGAGGAAGAAGCGGGAAGACCAGGUAGCCAGAGAUGGGCCGCCUUGCACCAGAGAAGCCUUCUGGGAGCCCACGUCCAGUGAUGACAGUGCAGCCCCAAGUGACAGUGACAGCAUGGCAGACCUGUACCCACCUGAGCUAUUCACCAGGAAGGAGCUGGGAGGACCCAAGCAUGGAGACAGCACUGGUGGCUUUAUGACAGAAGAGGGGGACAGGGAGCCCAGGUGCCCAGAGACGGGCCCUGCGGACGGAGAGGGGAUGGAAGUGGACCAGGAGCCGGGCCUCAAGCGCAGGAAGAAGCAGCUGGGGUUGCUGAAAAAGAAGUUCCGAAGUCAUCACCGCAAACCCAAGAGCUUCGGUGCUUUUAAACAGUUGAGUUAAUAAAAGUCCCUGGAGAAAGCA